AUGAAUCAAAAUAGCGAAGAAACUGUAGCCCACUAUCAACGAUCGAUUGAUAGCCCACUCUCUUUCCCCGGUAGUGUAGAAUAUCCAGAAGUACUUGAUUCACCUGAUCGUUAUAGAACUGAAAUCUGUGAUAAUAGCAAAAGAUCUUCAAAUCCUACAAUAAUAGGACAAAGCCCUAAUUCUAGUCCAAUAAUUUCAAUAGCACCUUCGUUUAAUCGUAACCAUCGUAUAAGAAAAUCGGAACAAUUCGAUCAUCCGGAUGAACGUCCAGAGUUAACAGAACCUAAUGAUACCUUACAAUCACCAAUUUUACAAGAUACAAAAAGUCAUGAUUCACAAAAUCAAAAUGAACAGGAUAUAUGCAAAGAUUCAUUUAGUGCUGCGACUCCAAAAUGUAAUUCAUCUUAUUCUGAAACUACCAAAAAUGGAAAUACUAAUCGAGUUGACAAACUAAAAUUUGACUCAGUCUUUUCACGGACGGAUUCAUUGAUUACCGCAGCAGAUAGUGAUCAUCCAAGUAGCCCAACUACUAAUCCAUUGAUGUCUCCCUCUCUUAAAAUGAGCUCGAAUCAAGUUGCUAUGUUUGAGGCUAAACCGUAUGUACCCAAACAGAAGAUCACUAGAACCAAUUCUAAACGUUCGGCGAAAGUCAAUCAUUGCUUACAUUUCCUUAUUUGUUGCAUCUUCCCUUUGUGGUUAUUUGUAUGGAUCUAUUUGAUAUUAAGUUACGAGCCAAGUCAGAAAUACACUGAAAAAGAUGAGUAUGUCUGCUGA